UUCUUACGCGUAGUUGAUAUAAAAAUGGUAACAUCUUGAACGAUAGAUAGUUAAGUGAUUAUAGUUGAAUAAAAGAUGAUUCGAAAAAUACAACGCGUCAGUCACUAUGUAGAAAAAGAAAAGGAAGGAAAAGUUACAUUGUAUUCAAGUAUGAUACUUAAGUAUGAUCGAUUGACGAUAUCCUACAUCGUCCUAAGAAAAUGAAGACAACAUCGAACGAAGAAUUUGCUUACGCUAUGACUCCAUUGAAAUUCCUGUCGUGGCCCGUGGGAACUUGGCCUUUUCAAGUGUACGAUAUAUUUUCACUCAUACGUACCAUAUUUUCAGUUUCACUUUUGUUGCUUAUGAUAGCAAUCGUGCAAAUGGAAUUAUAUUUGGACAGAACCGAUGCGGAAAAUAAUCUAGAUGCUCUUCUAUUAAUUAAUUGCGGCAUUUUGGCAGUGGCAAAGGUGAUGUGUUUUCGUAUACGUUCUAUAGGACUCGUUUCCAAUUUUUCUUCUGCGAUUAAGGAUUAUAACGAAUUAAACAGUGAAGAAAAUCGAGUGAUUGUGCGCCGACACGCUUACAUGGGUAGAGUAGCGUGCGCCAGUUUAAUAUUUUGCUCGUAUGUCGGCUCCACACUUUUCAUGACUGUGCCUAUGCUUGCUGGGGAUGAACAAGAAGUGAUUAAUGUAACGGAAGAAAGUGCAAUAAAAUAUCCCAUUCCAUCUAAAAAUAUAUUGGCAAUUAUAAAUAUGCCAGAAAAUAUGUAUUUCGUGGUUUUCAUCAUAGAGUACAUAAUGCUGCUACUUACGAGUACUGGAAAUCUAGGUAGUGAUUCCUUGUUCUUUGGUAUUGCUUUUCAUUUGUGCGGUCAAGUAGAAAUUUUAAGAUUAAAAUAUAAUAAAUUAUCCAAUGAGAAUGAAAGAACAAUGAAACGUGUUAGUUUAUUAACCAGGAGGCACGUUUACUUGUUGAAACUAAGCGACAUGUUGAAUGAAACAAUUAGUUCUAUUUUGGUCAUACAACUAUUUUCAAGUUGUGUACUUAUAUGUACAACCGGAUUUGAAUUCAUUCUUGCUUUGAGCACUGGAAAUAUCGUCAUGAUAAUAAGAAUAUGUAUCGCAAUGUCUGUGCUCUUGAUACAACUAUUCGCAUAUAGUUACGUGGGUGAAUAUUUAAAAACCCAAACUGAAGGUCUCGGUAAUUCGGUGUAUUUCUGUACUUGGUACGAUAUGCCAAAAAAUGUGUCACAAAAUAUUAUUUUUAUCAUUAUGAGAGCUCAACAUCCUUUUCUCUUGACGGCUGGGAAAUUCUUUGUUGUCAACAUGGAAACGUAUAUGAGUAUUUUAAAAACUUCGAUGUCGUAUCUUUCAGUUCUCCGAGUGAUGGUAAAUCUUACAUCUUCUAAAAAAAUGAAGACAACAUCGAAUAAAGACUUCACUUACGCUAUGAUUCCGUUGAAAUUCUUGUCAUGGCCCGUAGGCACUUGGCCUUUUCAAGUGCACGAAAUAUUUUCAAUCUCACGUACCAUAUUUUCAAUUUCACUUUUGUUAUUGAUGGUAGUGAUUUUACAAAUGGAAUUAUAUUUGGACAGAAGCAACGCGGAAAAUAACCUAGAUGCUCUUCUGUUAAUUAAUUGCGGUAUUUUAGCAGUGGCAAAAGUGAUGUGUUUUCGUAUACGUCCUAUAGGACUCGUUUCCAAUUUUUCUUCUGCGAUUAAAGAUUACAACGAAUUAAACAGUGAAGAAAAUCGAGUGAUUAUGCGUCGGCAUGCUUAUAUGAGUAGAGUAGCAUGUGCCAGUUUAAUAUCUUGCUCGUUUUUCGCGUCCACGCUUUUCAUGACUGUGCCUAUGCUUACUGGAAACAAAGAAGAUAUAAUUAAUGUAACGGAAAAAAGUAUAAUAAAAUAUCCAAUUCCAUCUAAAAAUGCAUUGGCGAUUAUAAAUAUGCCGGAAAAUUUAAGUUUCAUGGUUUUCAUCGUAGAAUACAUGAUGCUAUUAUUCACGAGUACUGGGAAUCUAGGUAGCGAUUCAUUGUUUUUCGGUAUUGUUUUUCAUUUGUGUGGUCAAGUGGAGAUUUUGAAACUGAAAUACAGUAAAUUGUCCAAUACAAACGAAAGAACAAUGGAACAUAUUAUUUUAUUAAUCAAAAGACAUAUUUACUUGUUGAAUUUGAGUAAGAUGCUGAAUGAGACAGUUAGUUCUAUCUUGGUCAUACAACUUUUUUCAAGUUGUGUACUUAUAUGUACAACUGGAUUUCAACUUAUUCUCACUUUGACUUUUGGAAAUGUUGUCUUGACGAUAAAAAUACUUGCGGAGAUAUCCAUUCUUUUGAUACAAUUGUUCGCAUAUAGUUACGUAGGUGAAUAUUUAAAAACUCAAACUGAAGGUAUCGGUAAUUCGGUGUACUUCUGUACUUGGUAUGAUAUGCCAAAAAAUGUAUCGAAAGAUAUUAUUUUUAUUAUUAUGAAAUCUCAACGUCCAGUUCUCUUGACAGCUGGGAAAUUCUUUGUUGUUAAUAUGGAAACAUAUAUGAGUAUUUUAAGAACUUCGAUGUCGUAUCUUUCAGUUCUCCGAGUGAUGGUAAAUUCUUAAGAUUUUUAUAUUAAAACAAAUAUUAUAACGAUAUAAAAGAAUCUAAAAAUUUAUGUUAGUAUAUUUAUAUAAUGUAAAUAUAAUAUAUUUUCGUGAUUUAUUGAUAGUAUUUUAAAUACCUGGAUUUCGAAUGGUUUUAGAAUCGAAAAUAUGUAAUAGAUCAUCUCAGUAAACAAUCAAUAAUUCAUAUAAUAUUCGAGAGAUGGCAUUGUCAUUAAAUUAGCCAAUCACAAUAGAUUAGAACGCCACCAAGCGGCGCAAAGAACAUAUAUGGAUGCUAACAUACCUUUCUUAGUUAAGACUGAUUAGAAAUGAUUUUUUUAAAUAUUUGUUUUUAAAUAUCAAAUUCAUAAAGACAUAUAAUUUCAUGUAAAUAUAUUUAAUAUUUUAUAUGUUUGAUAUAGUAACAUAUGUUUUUUAUUUUUAUGUAAAGGAUUUUACUCAUCGAGAUUUCUUUUUUUAAUUUUACUAAAAGUUACUUAUAUGUUUAUCAGUAACUUUUUCAUUGUUGUAAUAUGUUUCAACA